AUGAGUAAUAUCAACAGUAAUAGGCUGACAAUCGGUCAGUAUAACAUUAUAAGCACGAUUGGCACUGGGUCAUUCGGCAAAGUCAAAUUGGCAGUUCAUGCUAUUACUGGUCAAAAAGUAGCGUUGAAGAUUAUCAAUAGAAAGAAAAUUGCCAGUAUGGAUAUGGGAGGCCGAGUAAAGAGAGAAAUACAAUACUUGAAGCUGCUUCGACAUCCACAUAUUAUUAAAUUAUACGAAGUCAUCACUACCUCAACUGACAUUAUCAUGGUCAUCGAAUAUGCCAGUAAAGAAUUAUUCAACUAUAUUGUUGAAAAAGGAAGAAUGAACGAGGACGAUGCACGCCGAUUUUUUCAACAGAUUAUUUGUGCUGUUGAAUAUUGCCAUAGACAUAAAAUUGUACACAGAGAUUUGAAACCAGAAAAUCUCUUAUUAGAUGCAAACAAUAACGUUAAAAUUGCAGAUUUUGGUUUGUCCAAUAUUAUGACAGAUGGUGAUUUCUUGAAAACUAGUUGUGGCAGUCCCAAUUAUGCAGCUCCAGAAGUUAUUUCAGGAAAACUUUAUGCAGGACCAGAAGUAGAUGUUUGGAGUUGUGGCGUUAUAUUAUACGUCAUGUUAUGUGGAAGAUUGCCUUUUGAUGAUGAAUAUAUACCAACCCUAUUUAAGAAAAUCAAUGGCGGUAUCUAUACUAUGCCAUCGUACCUAAGCCCUGAAACAAAGGCCCUAUUGACAUCAAUGCUUGUGGUUGAUCCUUUAAAACGUAUAACAAUACAAGAGAUUCGGUAUAAAAUGGGAUACUCAACCCAAGUCAUUCAGAAAGCUCUGAAAGAACCAGAUAACAACCAAUUUAAGGUUGCUUAUCAACUUGUUUUAGACCAUAAAAGAUUAUUACAAGAUUCCGAAAACAAUCAUAUUCAAAGUUUUUUCGCAACAUCCCCACCGCCUUGGAAUACCUCUUUGGAAGAUAGAUUCGCCAAGAAACCCUCAAAGUCUGCAACAGGACAGUAUGAAGAGGAAGAUGAUCAGCAUAUGGAUGUGGAAUCAUCAAUUGCUGUACUAAGCUCAAGUUUGCCUAAAUCAGACUCCACACCUCCUGAAGUGAGGGAAAGAUCUAUUUCAAAUCCUGGCGUUGGUAGAGAUAGAAUUUCCGGUGUAUCUGCUCCCUCACCUACGAAUGCGAGUGCACAAGGUACUGGUGCUAUACUACCACGUCCUUCGGGACACAACCAUAAGCCACCCACAUCCUCGCCCAACACACCAUCGCACCAACCGCACAAAACGAAGUCAAGAUGGCAUUUUGGUAUCCGCAGUCGAUGUCCAGCUUGGGAAGUCAUGCUAGAGAUAUUUCGCUCACUUCAAAAUGUCGGCAUGGAAUGGAGGACGUUAGAUCCAUAUCAUUUACGCUGUCGAUAUAGAUAUCGAGACAUAGGACUGGUGGUCAAAUUCGACCUCCAACUUUAUCGUUUGGAAAAUAACAGCUACUUGGUUGACUUUAAAAAUGCUGGUACGCAAAAAAUAAAGACAAAGAAGGGCGCCAAUCCCCCGUCUGAUAAAGCAAGAUGGCCAGUGAAAGAUUGCUCGACCAACGUUGAGCAUAUACAAAGUGUCUAUCCAUUCUUAGAUGUCUGUAGUAAAUUGAUCACGGACAUUGUUUAA